AUGGGUAACAGAGAAGGCGUACCUCUGGCUUCCGUUGAUCGCGAGGAAGCUGUCGCUGAAGACACGCCUUUCCAACUGGGCAAUUUCGCCAUCGACGACCCGCGUCCUAUGAAAGUGGUUGUCAUUGGCGCAGGAUAUUCUGGGGUGAUAGCAGGCAUUCGCUUUCGUCAAUAUAUUCCCAAUCUUGACUUAACGAUAUAUGAUGCCAACGCGGGGGUCGGCGGGACCUGGUACAGCAAUAAAUAUCCCGGUCUGGCGUGCGAUACCAUGUGGUACGUCCUACAGAGUAUCAGAAUCAUCGUUGCACAAGUGCUGAAUUCCUUCCGGUAUCAACCCACCUUUGCGCCUAACCCCAAUUGGUCCAAAUUCUACGUACCCGGUCCCGAGAUCCGCGAGCACAUCGAGAACAUGGUAGAGAAGUGGAAGCUCAUGCCGUAUAUCAAACUUCGCCAUCGGCUCGUGCAUGCGCAAUGGGACGAGGCCAAAGGAAAGUGGAUGCUCACCAUCCGCGUCGUGCAGGAGCAGGCCGGCAAGGACAACGCCAAACCCGAGGAUGCGAUUGAGUUUCAGGACACCGCAGAUGUGCUCUUCACCGGCUUUGGUAUGCUCAGUCGCUGGUCCUGGCCUGACAUAGAGGGUCUACGCACGUUCAAGGGGCCUGUAAUCCACAGUGCGCAGUGGGAGACUGUUGAUGGCGCGGAGACCUGGGAGGAUAGCGUCAAGAACUGGGGCGACAAGCGUGUCGGCGUUAUUGGCGUGGGUUCGUCGGGCAUACAGAUUGUACCGGCGCUGCAACCUCGCGUUGGCAAGCUCGUCAACUUCGUCCGCGGCAAGACCUGGAUCUCGGGCACUUUCGCUUCGAACACAUUGCAAGCGUUAGCGGGAACCCAGGCUUGCGACAACUAUGAGUUCACGCAAGCGGAUAAGGAACGCUUCCAGGACCCAGUGCAAUACAUGCAGUUCAGACGCGGCAUGGAGAUGGAGAGCAAUGCAGCCUAUGCGGCGACUUUGCGAGGAAGCGAAGGCCAACUCGUGGGCCGCAAGGAGUUGAGAGAGAUCAUGGAAAGGAAGCUUGCGAAGAAGCCCUGGAUAGCUAAGCAUCUAAUACCCGAAUUCGGCCUGGGUUGUCGCAGGCUCACGCCUGGUCCUGGUUAUCUCGAGGCGUUGUGCGAGGAUAACGUUGACUUCGUCGCGUCGCCGAUCAAGCGUGUCACCGAGAACGGUGUCGUUACCGAGGAUGGAACAGAGAUAAACUUGGACAUCCUGAUCUGCGCCACGGGCUACGAUACGUCUUUCCAGCUUGGGUUCCCUUUCAUCGGCAAAGGCGGCGUCGACUUGAAGGAUAAGUACACGCCGCAUCCCAGGACUUAUCUCGCUGUUGCAGUCGACGGCUUCCCGAAUUGGUUCCAGUCUUUCGGUCCCAACUCAGGCGGCGGGUCGGGAUCACUGACUGCCACUAUCGAGGCGCAGAUUGGGUACGCUGUGAAGGCGACGGCAAAGCUCCAGCGGGAGCGGCUGAAGAGCCUGGAUGUCAAGAAAGAAGCAGUGGAUGACUUCGAUGAAUACCUCGAGGCCUUCUUUCCGAAUAGCGUGUUCAGUGAGACGUGUAAGUCAUGGUACAAGAAUGGCAAAGCCGAGGGCCGUAUCUGGGCGCUGUGGCCAGCUAAGUCUUCCCGCCGGGACGAAGGAUCGACGCUCCACUUCGUGCGAGCUCUUGAGCACCCUCGCUGGGAAGACUUUUCGUAUGAGCCCCUCGAGAAGAUGGAUCGAAAUCGGUUUUAUUGGCUUGGUAAUGGCGCGACUGGAGCGGACAUGGACCCUGCCGGUAACAAAGCCUUCUAUCUGGAUAACAUCGAUGUUCCUCCAGGUAAUGCGCACGGUGCCUCGCCUAACCGAGAUGGAGUCGCGCUCGCACAGAACAGCUCUGGCUUCCGUAUGGGCAAUUUUGCUGUUGAUGAGCCUCGUCGCAUGAAAGGUGACCUGCACCCGAGGGAUUUUCGCUUCGUUGUCAUCGGCGCAGGAUACUCUGGCAUCAUUGCCGGAAUUCGUUUCCGCCAGCACAUCCAGAAUCUUGACCUCAAGAUCUACGAAGCGAACGCGGGUGUCGGUGGGACCUGGUACACCCAUAAAUAUCCGGGGCUUGCUUGUGACAUCCCAGGUCAUGCAUAUCAACCGACCUUUGAUCAUAAUCCGGACUGGUCUCAGUACUAUGCCUCUGGGGCAGAAGUCGGCGCAUACCUCGAGCACAUUGUUGACAAGUGGAAGCUCAUGCCCUACAUCAAGCUUCGCCACCGCCUUGUUCGCGCGGAAUGGUCAGAUGAGUCAGGCAAGUGGUUACUCACGUUCCAAGGUCCCGACGGGGCCAAGAUACGUGACGUCGCGGACGUGCUCUUCACGGCUGUCGGAAUGUUGAGACGCUGGUCUUGGCCCGAUAUAAGUGGCCUGCGAGCAUUUGGCGGGCCCGUGAUACACAGCGCCCAAUGGGAAACAGGCCUUGCAGAUACGACCUGGGAGCAAAGCGUGAAAGGGUGGGCAAACAAAAGGGUUGGAGUGAUAGGUACUGGAUCAUCCGCGCUCCAGAUUGUUCCAGCCCUGCAGCCUCACGUCGACAAACUCGUAAACUUCGCGCGUGGCAAGACCUGGGUGACGGGUUCCUUCGGCGCGAGCGUACUCCAGAACUUGACCGGUCAAGCGGCCUGCGACAACUAUACGUUCAGCGACGAAGACAAGCGCAAGUUUCAUGACGCAGAAGAGUAUCGCAAGUUCAGGCGCGACCUAGAAAGGGAGGUCAAUAGUGCCUUCAAGAUGGUGCUGCGAGACAGCGAAGUCCAAGUACAGAUGCGCGAGCAGCUGACGGAGGUGACGAAGAAGCGAUUGGAGAAGAAGCCGUGGAUCGCUGACCAUCUGAUCCCCGAGUUCGGAGUCUCGUGUCGUAGGCCGACGCCAGGCCCCGGCUACCUGGAAGCUCUGUGCGAGGACAAUGUCGACUUCGUGCCAUUCGGCAUCCAAUGCGUCACCAAGGACGCUGUCAUCACUGAAGAUGGCCAGACGAUUCCUCUCGAUAUCAUUGUCUGUGCGACGGGUUACGACACCACCUGCAAGCUCGAUUUCCCUCUCAUCGGCAGAGGAGGCGUCGAUCUCUCGGAGAAAUACGAGCCGUAUCCCCAAACGUACCUAGGUCUCACCGUCGACGGCUUCCCCAACUGGUUCCAGUCCUUCGGCCCCAACGGUGCUCCUGGCGCAGGAUCGUUGGUCCUCGUCCUUGAGAAGCAGGUCGACUACGCAGUGAAGGCAACGGCGAAGCUGCAGCGCGAGCGUCUGAAGAGUAUGGAUGUCAAAAAGGAGGCGGUGAACGACUUCGACGAAUAUCUGGAGGCAUUCUUCCCGACAACAGUCUACGUCGACUCGUGCAAGUCGUGGUACAAAAAUCGCGAAGCUAAUGGUCGCAUUCGCGCACUGUGGCCCGGGUCUAGCUUGCAUAUCGUUCGCGCCCUCGAGCACCCUCGGUGGGAGGACUACUCGUACGAGCCACUCGAUGGAACCCGCAACCGCUUCCACUGGUUCGGCCACGGCGGGACUGUCGCAGACAUGGAUCCCACCCGCGCUGACAGGGCAUUCUAUAUGGAUAACAUCGACUAUCCUCCUAGUAAGCAAUCCUUCGCAUCUUGA